AUGGCUACCAUGAACGCGCAACCCGGCGCCCAGCCCGCAACCGUGCAUCCCAAGAGCCAUGUUGGCUUCGACAGCAUCACUUCCCAGAUUGAGAGGAAGCUGCUGAAGCGCGGCUUUCAAUUCAACAUCAUUUGUGUUGGACAAACCGGCCUGGGCAAAUCCACCCUGAUCAACACCAUCUUCGCCUCGCAUCUCAUGGACAGCAAGGGCCGCUUCACGCCCGACGAGCCCAUCCGCAGCACCACCGAGAUCCAGACCGUCUCGCACCUCAUCGAAGAGAACGGCGUGCGUCUGCGGCUCAAUAUCGUCGACACCCCCGGCUACGGCGACCUGAUCAACAACGACAGGUGCUGGGAUCCGAUCGUCAAGUACAUCAAGGACCAGCACAGCGCCUACCUCCGCAAAGAGCUUACCGCACAACGCGAGCGGUACCUCCAGGACACCAGGAUCCACUGCUGCCUUUUCUUCAUCCAGCCGAGCGGGCACGCCCUCAAGCCGAUAGACAUAGUGGUCCUGAAGAAGCUGGGCGAGUUCGUCAACGUGGUGCCGGUCAUUGCGAAGAGCGAUAGCUUGACGCUGGAGGAGCGGGCGGCGUUCAAGGAGAGGAUCAAAGAGGAAUUUGCGUUCCACAACCUCCGCAUGUACCCAUACGACAACGAGGAGCAUGACCAGGAGGAGGUGGCAUUGAAUGCCUCGAUCAAGAACAUCAUCCCCUUCGCCGUCGUCGGCUCCGAGAAGACCAUCAUCAUUGGCGGCAAGCAAGUCCGCGGCCGCCAGAACCGUUGGGGCGUCAUCAAUGUCGAGGACCAGACUCACUGCGAGUUCGUCUCGCUCCGCAACUUCCUGCUCCGCACGCAUCUCCAAGACCUCAUCGAAACCACCUCCCAGAUCCACUACGAGUCCUUCCGCUCCAAGCAGCUGCUUGCCCUCAAGGAGUCAUCGGCUGGGCAUGCGGGGUCGAGGCCCAUCUCGCCGUCGGCUGAUAGGGACCUCAGCAGGAACUCGCAGAGGGUGACGAUGAAUGGGUACUAG